AGGAACGCCUCCUUAUUAAUGAACAUGUUGCAAACCAUAAAACAGAUUUACAAAUAAUUUCAAGAAGUGAACAAAAAAAGCAAGUUGUGUGCACUGGCACUUAUUUUUUUUGUAGCUAGUGUACUUAAAUGGUCGUGGUGUCGAGAUAAAGUAGCUGAAUGUUGUCUCGCGGCAAAGCGAGGACAGAACGUUGCGUAGUUGCUAGUAAGCGAGCCAACAAAACUCACGUUUGUUUCAAGAUGAUAAAUAUGAGCGAUGGAAUAAAAUCCCUGUCAGUUUGAAAAAGAAAGCGGCACAGUUGAUGCAUGUAUCUGCCUUUUGGUAUCACAUUCUGCUUUGUCGAGAGAAUCACAACUCCACAUGCUGUGCAAGUGGGCUUCCUAGAUUCAAAUUAUUAGAAGAUCAGACAAGGCAUAUGAUCUGGAUAAGCAAUAGGUUUAACUUGGUAAGUGGAAUGCAUGCCUUUGCCCCCCCCAAAAAAGCAAAUAUGAUGCAUAAUUACUGCUUCCACUUGCUCAUUUCUUACUCCAUUUUUAGAGCAACAUGGUUUCUUGCCCCUCUAUUUUCUAAGAAGGAAGUAUCCACGCAGCAAGGUAAUUAUUCAUAAGAAUACAAUAAUGUUCUCUUCAUGCCUGGGAAAUGGGGCACAAUGCUCCUUAGUGUUUGUGGAAGCCAAAGGGUAGGGUGCCUAUCUUCAUUGGUUAAGAACUCCUCAGGAAUCUAUUUAUACCCUGCUGACCUGGUAAUACCCAGGAGAAAAGGAAACCAGAAUGUCCUGUUUAGUGGUGGUAAAUUUGAGUCGCUGCUUUCAUUGGAGUCAUUCGUCAACCUGAUUUGUCACAUGGAAUAUCUAGCAACUUGAUGUGCAUGAAUUUCCCAUUAUCACCCAUUGCCAAUUGGUGUGUUGUCCCUAGCACUGGGCGAUAUGGCCAAAAUAUAAUAAUGCCAUCAUUCUGAAAAAUAUUGUGAUAUUUUACAUUUCUUAAUAGUAAAAGUUAAAGAUAUGCUUAGUAUGUAGCACAUGACCUUAACAUGGCAUCAAAUUUAAUAGUAAGUGGUUUUAAUGGGCUUUCUUCGCACUGUCAGUUUGGUCAAAACAAAAUCAAAGUAUUCUUAUUUAACACUAUCAAAAUACCUUUUAUAGUGGGUAUUGUAGAAUUUCAUACCGGUAUGUGGAUCCAUACCUUAGAAUACAAUAUAUCGCCCAGCCCUAAUUAUCUUAUGACGAUGGUAAGGACUAAAUCAGUGUUUUGUUGAUUGAUAACUUUCUGGUCAGCAUGUGCUCGAGGUCCUGGAUGAUGCAAUAUGCUGGCUGGAGCAGACAGGAGAGCCCCGCAUCAAGCAGCAGGUUCAGGAGCUGGGCCCCAGAGGGAACUGCUUUGCUGCUCUUCAACUCAUCUUCGCUGGGUAAAAGUGAAGAGAUGAAGGCUAAAGGAAGUGAUCAGUUUCAGAAAAAGAAGUAUGAUGCAGCAGUCAAGUAUUUCUCAAAAGCCAUCAAAUAUCAGGUCCCUUGCCAUCCAAGAUCUCCUCCCAAGUCCAGGAGUCGUAAACCCGCUGCUCCUGGGUACCACGCUGCUUGGUCCGGUUGUGGUGGGGGUUUCUGUAACUCUCGUCCUCUUCUUCUGACGAGGAGUCGCAAGGAUCGGACCAAAGCGCAGCGUGGAGAAGAGACUUCAGCAUGCAAACCUUCAUCUGUCCAGCUUGCUCCCUUGUUUUCGUUCCACGCUUCUGGGCUUCUGAUGGCUGCUCCCAUUCCCCAUUUGCACCAGCAGUACAGUGAGCAGCACCAACAGACUACUGACCCGUCUGUGCCGGCUCUGCCCCACAGCGAGCAGGCGCAGCAGUCUAUUGCCAGCCAGGUGACCCCUGAUGUUGUCAUGUUACAGAGGCGCAUGCCACAGUGCUUUCGCGACCCGUCCUCGUCUCCCCUGAGGAAGCUCUCUAUUGACCUGAUCAAAACCUACAAAUGCAUCAAUGAGGUAUACUAUGCAAAAAAGAAGCGGAGACACCAACAUGUCCAGGGCGACGACUCCAGUCACAAGAAAGAGAGGAAGGUCUUCAACGACGGCUAUGAUGACGACAACUACGACUACAUCGUCAAAAACGGGGAGAAAUGGAUGGACCGCUACGAGAUCGACUCCUUGAUAGGCAAAGGCUCGUUUGGACAAGUUGUAAAGGCAUAUGACCGUGCAGAGCAGGAGUGGGUGGCAAUUAAGAUCAUCAAGAACAAGAAGGCUUUUCUUAAUCAAGCCCAGAUUGAAGUGCGGCUUCUCGAGCUCAUGAACAAACAUGACACGGAGAUGAAGUACUACAUAGUUCACCUUAAGCGCCACUUCAUGUUCCGGAGCCACCUGUGCUUGGUGUUUGAGAUGCUCUCCUACAACCUGUAUGACCUGCUGCGGAACACCAACUUCCGUGGCGUCUCACUCAACCUCACACGCAAGUUUGCCCAGCAAAUGUGCACAGCACUGUUAUUCUUGGCCACGCCCGAGCUCAGCAUCAUCCACUGUGACCUGAAGCCCGAGAACAUCCUGUUGUGCAACCCCAAGAGGAGCGCCAUCAAGAUCGUGGAUUUUGGCAGCUCCUGCCAGCUGGGACAGAGGAUCUACCAGUACAUCCAGAGUCGCUUCUACCGCUCCCCAGAGGUGCUGCUGGGCAUGCCUUACGACCUGGCCAUCGACAUGUGGUCCCUGGGCUGCAUUCUGGUGGAGAUGCACACUGGAGAGCCCCUCUUCAGUGGGGCCAAUGAGAUUGAUCAAAUUAACAAAAUAGUGGAAGUUCUGGGUGUCCCUCCCAAUUACAUAUUGGACCAGGCGCCCAAGGCCAGGAAGUUCUUUGAGAAGAUAUCGGACAGCACGUGGGGUGCAAAGAAGACCAAAGAUGCCAAAAGGUAUAAGCCGCCAGGCAUGCGGAAGCUGCACAGCAUCCUGGGUGUGGAGGCGGGGGGUCCUGGGGGGCGGCGGGCGGGUGAGUCUGGCCACGCUGUCGCUGAGUACUUGAAGUUCAAGGAUCUGAUCCUUCGGAUGCUGGACUACGACCCCAAGAGCCGCAUCCAGCCCUACUACGCCCUGCAGCACAGCUUCUUCAAGAAGACUGCGGAUGAGGGGACCAACACGAGCAGCAGCGUGUCCACCAGCCCCGCACUGGAGCAGUCCCAGUCCUCUGGAACCACCUCCAGCACCUCCUCCAGCUCAGGAGGGUCGUCUGGCACGAGCACCAGUGGGCGGGCGCGCUCGGACCCAACACAUCAGCACCGGCACAGCGGAGGUCACUUCAGUGCCGUGCAGGCCAUGGACUGCGAAAAUCUCUGCCCACAGGCGAGGCAGCCGCUCCCUCACCCAGUUGGCUGGGCUGGUGGCAAAGGGGCGCAGACAGUGACAGUGGAGACCCACCCCGUCCAGGAAACCACCUUUCACGUGCCUCCCCAGGCGCCCAAGGCCAUCCACCCCUUGGCCCCCGGCAACAGCUCCUCCGCCCACCAGCACCAUCACCACGGACACCAUCACUUACACCAUCAACCCCACCACCCCCAUGGACAGCAGGGCCUGCCUGCGCGGCCCCGCCUCUACCACUCCCCUAUCAACAGUGCCUCCACAGAGAACGCGGUGGAGGUGGUGCACGGCCACCUGUCUAUGACCUCCCUGUCUUCCUCCUCCUCCUCCACAUCUUCCUCCUCCACCGGGACCCAGGGGAACAAGGCUUACCAGCUGCGCCCGCUCCCUGCCAACGCAGCCGUGGACUUUGGCCAGAACGGCAGAAUGGGACUGGGUGCCUUCUCCAACCCCAGACAAGAGACUGGGAUGGCGGGCCACCCCACCUACCCCAUGGGCAUGAGACAAGGCAUAGACAGGGAGGAGUCGCCCAUGGCAGGAGUCUGUGUACAGCAGAGUUCUGUCGCCAGUUCGUGACUAAACUGAGAAUGUUUUGUUUUUUUGAAGGUGGUGGGUUUUUAUUUCAACAAAAAGAGUGCGUAAAGAAUCAAAAAGCUGCUUUAAACUAGAGGGGGAGAUUAUCACUUACUCUCUACCACAGUGCAAAGCCCACCAUUUCUCCAACUCCUCUUCAUGUCACCCUUGGGUUUCUCUUUUCACUUUGGUUUCAAAUGGGAUUAUUCGCUCCACCAUUUUCAGUGUUUACAGGGAAUUAGAUUUUUACUACAAACGUUCUUGCAUAACAUACUUCACAACAGUACUGAAACAUCCAUUCAUUUCACAUACAACUCUCACUUGACUGCAUGGUUUGCAUUAUUCCUUGUUAUUGUCAGCCGAGAGUUUAGAAGUCUGUGGAUAGAAAAUGACGUAGACAUUAUUUGUUAACGGCUAUUUAGUAAAGGAAUUGUUACAGCACCAUAACAUUUCCAGAAACUCCUAUCCACACAUUUGCACUUUUUUCCAUAUUCGGCAAGAAUAAUUUUCUCUGGAUUUAUAUUCUCAUUUGAAUUUUUCUGUUCUGUUGUACAAUCCCACCUGUGAGCUGUGAGACAUGAAGUGUAUACUACAAAGCAGGAUCAAUGAGUUAGCUAACUUUUAUAAACAACCAGGUUGUUGUCAUUAGACCAUUUCCAUUUCAAGCUUAUUUUUUUAAAAUAAGUUAUUUCUGAAUAUUUAGGCAAGUUGGCUGGCUAACUCAUUGAGCCUGCUUUGUAGUAUACCUGUCCAUAGAGUGGCAGAGGAUUGAAGCAUUAUACAGGGAGUUUCCAUCUCGCUGGGUUUGUCUGUCACACUUUCUUUGAGAGGAAUGUGGAUGCGCUGCGCGGGGGCCAGCCAUGUACAGCUGUGCAGCAGAGUGCCAUGCUGGGAGGCCCCAGGCAAGUAAAGGUGGGCCCUCCUAGCCCUCCCCUGGACUGGAAAAGGGCCACAUUCAAGAGAUGUACUUAGGAGCAGUGGCCAGGGCCGAGCCACCCCAGACCUACAGUACAGUUGUUUGGGCAGUGUCCGGUUUUUUAGAUAACUCUUUGGCCUUAUGUUUUUUGGGGACUCUGAAAUUAAGGGUGGGGGGUGGGGAAAGAAGCUGGACAUUAUUGUUUAAAUGAGAAAAUAGCUUUCUAUUUUUGAAGUUUGGGUAUAAAACAAACAUAAUUCUUAACAAAGAAAAAGUAGGAAAAAAUGUGUUUUGAGAAUGGGAAUUUGAGGCCUUUAACUAAAACGUGUGACUUGCGAGGUCCAGUGAUUGCCGGGCUUUGUAAGUUCACAAAAGUAUUUUUGUUGCAAGAUGGAUGGAAUUGGCUAUGACUGUGUCCCUUCCAACUUUUUACUUGCUCUUCUUUGUUUCUUCAGCAUGUGGUUCCUCCAACAGAGCUUCUGCAAAAAUGUCUUCUGUUCAUCUUCAAUAUGAAAACGUGCUGAAUUUUAUGUGACUGCUUUUUUGCCUCACAAUUAUGCUGUGAAUUUUACAAUAAUUUAUUUUCCCUUUUUGAUAAUUUAUUGUACCAAAGCUGUUUUUAUAGCACAUAGAUUUCUGUAACCAAUAAUGUAGCAGUUCUGCACUUUUGACACAAGGUGUAUCAAGACCUUUUUAAAAUGUCAGUAAAAAUGGCUGAAUCUAUUGCUUUAGCAAAACUGGAGUUGUUGUUGAACUCAGUACAUUUACUGUUAGCUGAAUCUUCAACAGAAUUGGUUGUAAAGGGGUUUUUUUCUCUCUAAAAAGACAAAAAACAACAAUCAAAAACAAAUCUCUCAUUGGUAUAACUUUUUUCUGUUCUCAAGGACUUGAGGGACAAUAGAUGCCAACGCUGAUUGCUACUCUGCGGGUUCCGGAGUAUCAGUAUGGUUGCUGUUAGUUGAGGCAAGUCCUCGUAUUCAUGAGUUGAAAGUGGGAGAGGAAAGAUGUGAACAGUGCAUUAAUCCUUCAAUUUGUGACCAGGUAUUCAGCGGCUGUUUCAAACGUGCCUGUCUGGAUAAAGCUGCCUUAACUACUUUCGGCAGUCUUCAUGGCAGUGGCUAAAAUGGUGCCCCUUUUCCCCUGUCAAUUUAGAAACAACCUUUUUUGACCUAGCUAGCAGAGAGGCACUGUACACAUCCACAUUUUAGCUGGGAUACUGCUCUAAAUUAGCUAAAAUCCAUGUUUGACUGAAGCUCUCACCAUAGAGGUUGAAUCCAAAAGGAAACUAGUAGGGACGAAUGGUGUGAAAGGUGAGCCCUGCCUGCUGGAGUGUCCUACUCCAGUCUCAUCGUGUGAUGCCUGAGGAUACGGGAGAACUGGCCUAAGUUUUGUACCCUUUGCAAAAUUUAAGGGGGCUGCAACAGCUAGAGGAAAGGGGUCCAUGACAUCACAGGCUUCAGGUGUUUACUUUUCAACCCCAUUUUAAUAGCUGAAAUAGAAUUUAUGUAUAUAUUUGUAUUUUUUUAAUAAAGGAAGUUUAGAACUCACUACUUUUUUCCUAAUGGUAUUUUGAGUACAUUUAAGUCAAUGUGGAGACCAUGCAGUGGAAGUUCUGUGAUAUUAGUCAGUGGGUAACCGUGCUUCCAGGCCAAAGUAGUUGACAAUGCCAGUACAAAUGCAAAACUUUUAGGGUUUAAAUUAACAGGAGAGUAGAUAUUCAUACCGUAAAUAUUAUAGACAGGGUAUAGUGUGUGGAUGUGUCUACAAACCUGAAUGACAGCUGUGUUUUAAUAUAUAAAUACAUACGCAAUUAUGUACAUAUAUUACAGGAACUAUUUUUGGGUGCAUUAAAAUUGGCAUAAGCUUCCACCGUGGGGCCAUUUGCAGUCGGGCUACUGAUACGUGUGUGUGAAAGUGAAAGCCACGAUCGUCAACAAACAUCCAACUUUUACUCCCAAGUGUUCAAUAUCAUUUCUGCUCUGCUCCCUGUUUAAUUGGAAUGCAGGCUUUUUAUUGCCACCCUUGCCUUCCUGUCCCCCCAGUCGUCUGAUUUUGAGUGAUUGACAACAGUUUGGUUACAGGACAUCUGACGUGCAUUGUAAAGAUUAAAUGGCAUGGGAAAAGAAAUACUUGUGUCCACAGAUUGUAAGAUCUAGUCAAUACUUGCUCUGUAUAUUAGAAUGUUCCAAACAUUUUUUUUUAAAUGGACAAGCCCUUUGUAUUAUAUUCAAGCGGUCUUAUGUAUGAUAUAAACAUUUUAAAAAGUUAA